AUGGCUGAGCGGACUCAUUAUGGCUUAAUUGGGAACACUGAGCAGCUGCUCUAUCGCUAUCACCUCAAGCCAAGGCCAAGACCUGAGACGUGGUUCUGCACCUUCAUGUAUGCGGGUAUUGGGUUUAUCUUGUAUGGUCUGUUGAUACCGUUGAAAGCUCGGUAUAAAACAAUCUUUAUGCCGCAGUAUAAACUAGACGGAUUUCUGUCCGUAAUGGAGACUUUCCAGCCCACCUCUUUACACACACCCAAGCACGUCUUCCAGGAUCUUUUGACAAAUGCCAAGGAGGCCAAUUUUUCCUGUGUCUCUAGUUUACGAACUGGAGGGGCUAUGAUACCAAGCCGAAUGCGUGAAGAGUGGGUGCAACGUCAUAAGUCGCCAUGUGAAGUCGUGUGUGGAAUGACUGAGGGAGGAAUCCAUUUUGCUUCAGACCCAAGAGAGCCGGAGGUAGAUGAGACCGUUGGAGAGCUUUUGCCUAAUCUUCAAGCACGAGUGGUAAAUUAUGAUGGCCAAGUGCUCCCGAGAGGCGAGGCUGGUGAGAUUCUCAUUCAAAAUCCAUUCAUGAUGAAAGGAUACUUGAAUGGAUCUAUCGCCUCAAAGGAAGUUUUCAACGAGGAUGGAUACAUCAAAACUGGUGACAUUGGUAUGGUGGAUGAGUCUGGCCAUUGGUACAUUAUUGGUCGCCUCAAGGAUCUAUACAAACGAAACGGAUCUCAUGUUAUGGGAUCCGAGAUCGAAGCAGCAGUAUUAUCACAUCCCGAAGUUCUCGCAGCGGCAGUUAUUGCCGUGAAAGUUCCGGGAGCAGCGGAUGAUGAGCCUGUUCCUCGUGGAUAUCUUGUUCGGCGUCCGAGAUCUACCCUGGAACUUGGGGAAUUCCAAAGCUGGGCCUCCACGAACCUGUCUGAGAGAUUUCAGCUCGAGGGCGGUAUUGAAUUUCUGGAUGCUUUACCCGUCUCCGCGGGCGGCAAGGUAGACCGAAAUGCUCUCCAGGAGAGAAGCGUUUCCCAGAUGUAA